CGAAGUUCAUGAAGCUCUUGUCUGCAACAAUAAAACACGAUGAACUUGCUCAGCUCACCUGGAUUGCAGCUCUACUUUCGCUGGAUGUGUUUGGUUACUGCUAAUCGGCAACUGAAAACAGGAGAACCCCGACACCGUGCUGAUCUUUAAAAAGCCGCAACCAGCAUGUACAUCGUAAACUCUUUCGGUGCCAGAUCCGUUUCUCCAUGUCUAGGACUUUCAGUAAAGAUGGACGAAACCGGUGCAAACCCGGACCUUCUUAUUAUAACGUAUUUCCCUGUUUGGGCUCACCCAAGAUAGUGUCACACCGCAUAAAACAAGCAUCUCUCGUCUCACCCACAGAAGUUCCACUUCACAUUGUUUUGCCAAUUUUCUGUUUUGUCCACCCACAUUCCUUUUGCUCUGCAUCUCCACGUUCAUAAAGCCUGUCACAGAACACAACUGAACCCCACAACACAUUGUUUGAAAAAUCACCUCUCUUUGCCUUUUUUCCCCUCUCCACUCUGCUCGAUUAUCUCUUCCCAUGACCCCCUUACCUCCAUGCAAAUAUUCCCUGCUUUGCUUUUAGCAACUAUAUCAACAAGUAAGACUCUUUUCUUGAGCAUUCAACAAAAAGUUUGUGAGAGUUGGGUAUUUAUGGAGGAUCUCCCUCUCUCUCUCGCAAUGACAGCUGUUUCCUGAUAUAAGCGAGCCUAGUGUGUUGCUUUCAACUGGGUAUUCUAGAGAGAAAGAGAGAGAGGCCAUUUCGGUGUUUUAUGACAGGCUUGAGGAAAAUUAAGAGAAGCCAAGCUAGCUUUCAUUAUGUAAAACCCAUCCAACAGAUGUUUUGAUUGUCUCCCAUGUCAGUGCAAUCCGCCAGUAUCUACCAUAUAUAGUCCCAGUCUACUCUAGCCUAUGCAUUGGAUCAACCGGUAGAGAGAUGCUAGUUCCUCACAAGGUAUGUUUCCGAAUGAGCACGCUUUUGGUGGUUUUCUCACUGCCAAUGUUCGCCGGCUUCUCUCAGGAAAGUGUAGGAAGUCAUACAAGCAGCAGCGGCGAUGCUCAUAACGUGAGCCCCUGUUUGUUGUUUGAAAUCACGCUGCACGGAUUCCUCCUCUGGGCUUCAUUAGGGUUGCUGAUGCCUCUAGGAGUUCUCGUCAUUAGAAUGUCGAACAGAGGGGAACGUGGGAUAAGGCUCAAGAUUUAUUUUCGUGCCCAUGCCAUUCUGCAGAUGCUCUCGGUACUCCUUGCCACAGCAGGAGCUAUCAUGUCAAUCAAGAACUUCAGCAACUCGUUUAACAACCAUCACCAAAGAAUUGGUUUAGUAUUAUAUGGGAUCAUAUGGCUGCAAGCUCUGGUCGGUUUUCUGCGCCCAGUAAGAGGAUCCAAAGGAAGAUCUCCAUGGUUUUUCGGUCACUGGACACUUGGAACCGCAGUUUCACUAUUGGGAGUGAUCAACAUAUACUCCGGUUUACUUGCUUACAGUAAAAAGACGUCGAGAAGUAUAAGGCUCUGGGUGAUACUUUUCACUGUUGAGGUCUCUUUCAUUUCAUUCUUCUACCUGCUGCAAGACAAGUGGGAGCACAUACAGAAGCAGGGAGUAAUUUUGGGCAAUGAACCUUCAAGACCAAUUUGACCAGACGGCCUCACACAGUGGCAAGCAGGAGUCGUUGAUCGAGUCCGGUUGAGAUUUUAUAUUGCUCAACACGGUGCUAUUAACAUUUCAAAUUGAUUAUUUAUAAUUGUUCUAUACUCCAGAGUUACUGUACUUUGAAACCACGGCGUCGGGAGUGUGUGAGGCAUAGGAUAGAAAAGCUGACCGAUUAGAUGCAAAAAGUUCAUUAAGAGGAACUACACUGACUUCCCUUCUGCAGUUGAAAGACGUGCAAAGGUUAUUCCAAUGAAAAUGAAAGGUAAGUUUAGAGGACCUUCUUCAUUUUAUCAAGUAUCCAAUCCUGAAGGUAAUCACGCCUACAGAACCUCCAGAUUUCUGUCCUUUAACAAUAGCAACUGAAGAUGCAGAGAUUUCUGUCAAAA